CAAUCCCAGCGUUAUUUCAACGCUAAACGCUAUCAAAAUUCUACAUAUAACCACUGAUACUCUCUCCCACUUGCGAGCUUCCUCUUCUCUUCAAUUCAAUCAUGUCAGAUGAAGAGCAUCAUUUCGAAUCAAAGGCCGACGCCGGAGCUUCCAAAACCUACCCGCAACAAGCUGGUACUAUCCGCAAAGGCGGUCACAUUGUUAUUAAAAACAGAGCCUGCAAGGUUGUAGAAGUUUCCACCUCUAAGACUGGCAAGCACGGUCAUGCCAAGUGUCACUUUGUCGCAAUCGACAUCUUCAAUGGAAAAAAGCUUGAAGAUAUCGUCCCAUCUUCCCAUAACUGUGAUGUCCCUCAUGUUAGCCGCACUGACUACCAGCUCAUUGAUAUUUCUGAAGAUGGAUUUGUGAGUUUGCUGACCGAAAACGGUAACACCAAGGAUGACCUGAAACUGCCGACCGAUGAUACUCUCCUCACACAGAUAAAAGAUGGAUUUGCAGAGGGGAAAGAUUUGGUUGUGAGUGUGAUGUCAGCCAUGGGAGAGGAGCAGAUCUGUGCUCUCAAGGACAUUGGCCCUAAAUAAUUCUGUUAUAAUUUAUUUGAAAGAAAACUGUUGUGAUAUAAGCAGAUACUUUUUUUCUGUUGUAAUACUAUCAUUUUUUUUUUCUGCACUAUUAUGAUUGGUCCAUUUGGGCUCUGAGCAGGUGCAUUUUACUGGUUUCCUGUACUUUCUAGCUUGUAUGCUCAGAAUGUGACGUUUACGAGACGUUGAAAGAUUGUUGAUUCAAAACUAAAUAAGCUUAUUCAA